GUCCAGCUGACGGUGGUGGGCGUGACCAAAACCACAGUGACAGUGAUGUGGGCGUGGCAAAGAAACUCUGGACCAAGUGAACGAGUGAACGGAUACAGCGUGACGCUGAGGAAAGACUCAGAGAGACAAACUCUGUCUCUGUGGCCGGACCAACGGCAGCACACCUUCCUCAACCUGAAACCAAACACUGAGUAUUCUCUUCUCCUAUUGGCCGAUAAUGUUUCCAGAAGCUUCAUCUCAGUGAGAACAGACUUCGAUGAGGUGCCAGUGGUGGCUGCAGCGACUCCUCUGCUGCUGCUGGCUGUGACUGUGUUCAUCGUCUCCAUCCUGUCCAGGACUCUGUACAAAUCCUAUUUCUUCCCGCUCAUCUCGAGCCCUCGGGGCAGCACGGCAGGCCAGUGGCUGAUGGACCCAAACCACCUGAAAACUGCAGAGAAAACCAUCCUGGAUAUCAAGGACUUCCAGGUGACGGAUAUACUCGGAGAAAAGAGUCUCAUUACGGUCGAUCCGUGCUUCUCGGGAGAAGAUCUACAUGAAGACGCCCCUCCGCUGUCCAUCAGCCUCCUCACCAACAGACUGUCCUCUCUGGAACUGGACGCAGAGUAUAUUUCUGAUGCUCCGGUGCUCACAGAGCACCCGCUGCUUUCUCUGCCGUCCUGUCCCGAUAAAUACCCAGUGGACCGCAAUCAUCCCAACAGCCGAGAAGUGGACGUUGCUCUGUUGCAUCAGACACAUGAAGCCCUGAGCUGCUUUUCUCAGAAAAAGGAAGAGAGUGAUGAAAACGCUGACCUAUCUGAGCCGUCACAUCCGAGAGAAACUGCUUUGAAAUAUCCUUUUCGUGACUUGAUGGCAAACGGUGACCGUGUUUAUCAGAUGGCAUGUGAGGACGACUAUUUGGUAAACUCUACCUUUCUGGGGAAAACUGAAGUGUAAAGAGUGGACACGGUUGUCUUGAGAUCUGUGAGACUGAUUAAACCGCAAACUGUUGCUUCACUGCAAAAAAACUGCAGAUGAAGACUGAAUCAACAACUUGAGCUGCAUGCUUUCUCACAGGUGGAAACGUUCGAGCUGAAGGCUGUAAACGUGCUGCUGACUCCUUUAGGCUGCAAUGUCCUUCACACCGCAAAAACUUCACCUGGGUGCACACCAUUUUAGUGUGUUUCUGACCCAAUUUUUGAGCAUUAUGACUUACUUUAGAGUCGCAUUUCAGCUUCAUCUGACCUUGUUUGCGGUGUAACGCACACGUGUAUGUAAGGACCAACCAUGGACUGAUCAGCUGCUCCAAACCUGUUCUCACACAGAGCCAAGAGUGACUCCCAAUGCGUUUUUUACUGACCGUGCUUGUGCAAAACAUCCGACAGAGCAUCAGAAAGUGUCCUAGCCUCAUGACAAGUCAUGUGGUUCGAAGUUGGUGGAAUUUUGGUAACAUAAAUGCCCCUAUAACAGUGAUACUCAACUUAAGCCCACAGGCCGAAUCUUGCCCUUGAUAGGGUGCCAGGUGGUCCCCCGACCGUUUUCUAAUUUGCAUUAAAAAAAAAGUUUCACACUGGGAAUUGUUUUGGUACUUUUAGAAUACAUAAUGUGUCAGAGUGCAUAAAACAGCAUUAAAUAUCGAUUAUUGAUCAAAAAA